AUGUCUGACACUGCUUCUCCCCAUUUCACCCUUUAUACAUCAGAUGCUUCUCAGUGGGCAUAUGUCGCUCAUCUCACUAUCGAUGAGAAAGGAUAUAAGCCUAGCCAAUAUGAGAUCAAGCAGGUUGGCUUGGUGAAUGGGGAGAAUUUCUCUCCUGAUUAUGUCCAAAUCAAUCACAAUGGCACUAUUCCAUCCUUGACGUCAGCCUCUCUUCCCGAGCCUCUUAUCGAAAGUGCAGACAUCUUGAAACAUCUGGACUUCAAUCAUCCGAAAGGCCCUUCGUUAUUUCCUGUGGAUCCCAAACAGCGUUCGAAGGUUGAAGAACUGAUUGCGCAUGUCCAUCAAACAAAACUUUCAACAAAUCUUAUUCUCCUGCAGGCACGUGAUGCACAGGAAUUAAGUGCUAAAAAGGCUAGCUUUUGGAAGGAUUUUGUUCAAAGCAGACAAGAGAAACUCAUCAAGUACGGUGCAACAAACCCACAAAUUCCCUUGUAUGCCUCACGCACGCGAGAAAAUGGGAAAUUAUAUCAUAUCUACAGCUCCAGCGAAAUUGGACCCGAACAUGAACAAUUCUUUGCCGAUUCGCGCAAAGGUUACGAAGACUUUGCAGCUGGGCUCAAGGAGCUCAACUCUAUGAUUGUGCUUCCCUACGCAGCGGGAGACAAAGUCACGGCCGCAGAUAUGCAUAUAGUGCCUUGGCUUGCUCAUGCACUGUGGGGUGCUGGGGGGGAAAGCAAUUGA